AUGCCCGACUCCACCGAUACCUCCCUCGGGGGCAAACCCACCGAUGACCAAUUCGAGGAUGCGCGCAUCUACGAUGAGAAGCACCCCGAUCGGGAGUCCGCCGCUGCUAGCCCUCCCUCUUUUGCGGGCGUCGAUGAAGCAGCUGUGUUGCGAAAGAUGGAUAUUCGGUUGAUUCCUAUGCUCAGUGCGCUCUACCUGUUGGCCUUUUUGGACCGAGGCAACAUUGGUAAUGCGAAGAUUGAGGGUUUGUUGGACGAUCUACACAUGACGGGGCCGCAGUAUAACUGGACAUUGACGGUGUUCUUCUUUACCUACUGUGUGUUCGAGUUGCCCAGUAACCUGCUGUUGAAGAAGUUGAGACCGUCCAGAUGGCUGCCAUUGAUCAUGGUCGCUUGGGGUAUUGUGAUGACCCUCAUGGGUAUCGUUCAAAACUACGGUGGACUCCUCGCAACUCGUCUUUGCCUGGGAAUUGCUGAGGCCGGUCUGUACCCCGGUGUUGCCUAUUACAUUACUCUGUGGUACCCUCGCCACCGCGCUCAAUUCCGACAAGCCAUGUUCUUCAGCGCCGCCAGUAUCGCUGGUGCAUUCUCCGGACUUCUGGCCUUUGGUAUCGCCAAAAUGGACGGAGUCGGUGGCCUCGCUGGCUGGCGCUGGAUCUUCAUCUUGGAAGGUAUUCUCACCGUGGUCGUCGCCUUUGUUGCGCCAUUCGCGAUCCAUGAUUCCCCCGAGACAGCCACUUUCCUCACAGAGCAAGAGCGAGCAUUCGUGAUUCACGCUCUGCGGAUUCAAAACUCGGCAGACGCGCGCGAGAUGGUCCAGGACGAGUCCAAGUUUCACAUGAAAUAUGUGAUUGACGCUUUCAAGGACUGGCAGAUUUGGUUGGGAUUGUUGAUGUACUGGGGUAUCACCUGCCCACUGUACGGUAUCUCUUUUUUCCUCCCAUCUAUCAUCAAGGAUCUGGGGUACAAGUCUUCCACCGCACAGCUACUGACUGUUCCCAUCUACAUCACCGCUGCCAUCGUCGCCGUGGCCGCAGCCUGGUACUCCGAUCGCCGCAAGCAACGCUCUCCCUUCAUCCUGUUCUUCAUGUCCUUGAUCGCUAUCGGCUUCAUUAUUGUCAUCGCAUCGACCGGACGCGGCGUGCCUGGUGUGGUCUACUUCGGAGUAUUCAUCGCAGUCAUCGGUAUUUACCCUGCUUUCCCGGGUAACGUUACCUGGCUGAGUGUCAACCUUGCUGGCGACUACAAGCGUGCAGCGGGUAUGGCUAUCCAUAUUGGUAUCGGUAAUCUGGCAGGAGCCAUGUCCUCAAACUUCUAUCGCUCGAAGGACGCUCCCAAAUACAUCCUCGGCCACUCUCUCGAGCUCGGCUUCGUGAUCAUGGGCAUGAUCGCAGUCCUCCUUCUGCGAUUCAAUUACCAGCGCAUCAACAAGAAGCGUGAUCAGCUUGAUCCUUCGGAGUAUCCGAGUGAUCCCGAUUCGCUGGGAGAUAGGUCACCUCUGUUCAGGUAUAUGCUGUAA